ACCCAUCUUUAGUUUGUUUACCUUUUUACCAAACAAAGUAUAAUAAUAAUCAUGUCGUCUUCGUUCAGAUAUACUCUUUUAAGGAGUGUUAAGCCGUACACGCCCUUCGCUCCGCAACUGACCAAGUCUAUGUUGCGAGUCCUCAUCCAAGUAUCUGUGCACUUUAUUGAAACAAAGAAGUCGUCUUCGGAAGUGCUCUCCCUGGCACUAAACAAGCUAACGAAUUCAGGUCAAAAGAUUCCACCAAACUUUUGUGAACUAUUCACAAUGAUAUUUUUGACGAUGCAAAUCUUUUUGCGAUAUCCCAAGGGCGCUGUAAAGCAUCACGAGUUGCGAAAGUGUCUAAUGGACGAUUUAAAUUUCACAGAAGAAUACGUUGAUGACAUUUGCAAAGUUUUGUUAAAUCAUCGAGAUAUACUCAGCAAGAACUUUGCGGAAACUAAAAUGGAUCGAGUUAAAAUGUCAAAGCUGCAGUGGAGAAUUAAUAUAUCCCUUUCUCUAAACACUGUACAAAUAGAUAAACCUACAAUAGUCCUCCACUUUAAGCUCCAGAAUAAAGAGUAUCGCACUUUAGAAUUGCCACUAUCUAUGUUUCAACAAGUUCGCUAUAAUAUCGCAGUUUUGCUGAAUGAGUUGCAGACUUUGCAAAGCCGCUUAGCUUUAAAAUAAUUUAUUCAAGAAUCAUACUAUAAAAUUUAGGUAUAUUAGUUUGUGUGUAAAUAUAAAAUAAU